AUAAGCACACGCAAAUCAUGGCCUCCUCCGGCAAUAACAAAGUUUUGCAUCAACUAAUUCAAAAGCUGGGCCUAACCAACUAUGAUUCCCUUGCACCUAAAGCAACCGAACUACAACGACUGCUUGCGAUCCGUUCGUCCAGCGGUGCAAUGGCCAACAUCGGAGACUACGCCAAAGCAACGCUCUGCAUCGAUCUCGCCUCCAGUCUUCUCGGUUUACCGUUCGACACUGAAACCGCCCUCAAACUGUCCGGCCUGAAGAAACCCUCCUACGCUAAUGGGCGCCGUACGCUGGAGAAAAUACUGGACAUCAACAAAAUACUCGGAAUCGGUGAGAUUUGUGUGCAGGUUGGGUUGAGUCAGGUGCAGAAGGAGGCAACAGCACUGCUGGAAGCGUACAAACGGUACGCCGGAGAUCAGGGAGGCGUAACCGAUUUCACACACCCACAGUACGCGACGAUGGCCGUGUUUCAGGCUUGCAAGCGUCAAAAGAUAAAACCACCGAAAACGAAACUUGUCCCGCUGAGUCACUUAAAACCAGCCCAGUGGACUAUGCUGGAGAAGAAUUGGGACAAGUUUUUGUCCACGGUACCUCUUGAUACGAAACAACCGAAAACACAGGACGUGAGACAGGAUUCGGAUAGCAUUAGGGAAAAGGCGCAGGAAGCCAGCAGCCAUGGUGAUAGUGGUGCCGGACGGAAACAUCCAAGCCCGGAAAAACUCGAACCGUACCAGAACUGGAAGAAGCGAAUGUUGGAAAAAGCAUACCGAGAGUUGGAACAGCUACGGGGCAGUGGGUAG